AAUAGACGCAAAAACUUGGCAGCCAUUGCAUUGCAGGGGGAAGAUGAAUAACUGGUGGUGGUUGUAACAGAAGCAAUUUAACUAACUUCAUUUAAUGGAAUCUCCUCUUUCUCUUGAAUUCUGGAAACAGCAUCAUGGGUUUGCUUAACCUGAGGCUCAAUUAUAAUGCUUCUUCUGCUGCUAUUCACUCUCCUUUCUCUUUCAACAAUCACUCAUGUAUCACACUUUCUUCUGCUGGAGGCAGGGAAGCAACUUUCAACUCAGCGAGGCUAUCUUCGCUUUCGACCGUAAAUGAAGAAGGAGAAGCAUCCCAGAGAAGCUUUCCAACAGCAUUCAGUUGUUUGUCAUCAGAAUUGGAAACCUUGGACAAUGAUUCUUUAUACAUAGAAGAAAUCAAGGUGAAGGGUAAGAGGUCUAUUAGUAGUGUGCAAGAAAUGCUUAAUAAUACACAAAGACAAAGGCAUUUUGAAAAGGGGAUAUCAACAGCCUGCCUCAAAUUUCAGUCUUUUAGAGCGAUACAUUAUCGUUUGUUAAUGGAAAAUCUAGGCACUUUGGAACAAACUUUCGCUGAUUCUGAAGCAAUUAAAUUGAAAAGUGACAUUGUAUUGCAACUUGGAAAGCUUGGAGCUCUGGAAUUGUUCAAUGUCUGUCUGUCGAGAUCUCUUGAACUGUCGUCACAUGCCAUUGGACUUGGAGAGCACCAGAAGGAAAACAGGAAAAUAGAUGAGAAGAUAGAUAAAGUUUUUGUUCAGUCUACCAGGAAAAAACAGAAUAAAAGAAGAACUCGGAAAGCAUUUACUGCUAUGGAAGUUCGGCUGCAGCCGUUGACUUCAAAAGUUGAUGAUAAGGAAUAUAGAUUGCAUUCCCUUCCUGCUUCUAUAAAGAAAGCUUCAAAUCGUAAAAAUACAAGAAUAAUGGUUGCUAGAAGGGAGGCAGAAAUGUCAAAAGGAGUAAAGGUUCUAGCAGAGUUGGAGAAAAUUCGAGAAGGAAUAGAAGAGAGUACAAAUCAAGUAGCAAGCUUGAAAAGCUGGGCAGAAGCAGCUGGAGUUCAUGAGAAGGUGCUACAGCAGAAGUUGCAUUACUGCCAACGUUGUCGUGACGAGCUUAUACGAAGUACUCGUUCCUUGGUCGUUUACCUUGCAAGGAAGUACAGGGGUAUGGGAAUAGCACUGGAAGAUCUACUUCAGGCAGGAUAUAUAGGUGUUCUCCAGGGAGCUGUGAGAUUUGACUAUACAAGGGGUUAUAGAUUCUCAACUUAUGUGCAGUAUUGGAUAAGGAAAUCAAUAUCCAGAAUGGUGGAACGAUAUGCUCGAGAAAUCGUAGUUCCUUGGUCAUUGAGCAGGGCCAUGAAUCAGAUACAGAAAGCACAAAAAUCCCUGAAAAUGACCUCCAUGAAAAGCCCAGAUGAUCAUGAAAUCGCAAAGGCGACAGGUCUUUCUUUGGAAAAAAUUAGAUCAGCUGGAAAUUGUCUGAGAGUUGUUGCUUCGACCAAUCAGAAGAUGGGAGACUCUCUUAGUGUAAAGUAUACGGAAUUUAUGCCUGAUAUGUCAAUAGAGAAUCCUGAAGAAGCUGUGAUGAAGCAACACAUGAGAAAGGACUUAUAUGAUCUCUUGAAAGUCUUGGAUUCAAGAGAAAGAGAAAUAUUAACCCUCCGUUUUGGUCUUAGAGAUCACCAUUCAAAGUCACUUGAAGAAAUAGGGAGAUAUUUCAAAGUUAGCAAAGAAUGUGUGAGGAAGAUAGAAAGGAAAGCACUAACAAAAUUAAGGAACAAAGCAGCUACAUCAAAUUUCAAUUUUUAUUUAUUGGAUUUAGAUUCUUAGAUGUCAUUGGCUUUGGUGGAGUUUCAAUAGUUUUGGCUUGUCUAUCACUUUUAGUUGUCCCUAGUGCAGCAUCAUACCAUUUUAAAGAUAUUUUUUACUGUAUAUAUAAAAGUAUUAUAUUAUAUAAAACAGUGUAAACGAUAAA